AUGGCCCCGGCCGGGAAUAUCUGGCAUCUGACGGGAGGAGGACAGGAGGCGCCGCACAGGAAAAGUCCCAUCGAACUGGGGCCCACAGGCAGAAAGGCGAGAGGCAGGGCGAGAAAAGCGAACGAAAGGAACUGCCUUUUUCGGCAAUCAAUUCCUCUUCAAAAACCAGCCGUGCCACCACUGAAAGGCAGCUCAGAUCGAGCCGGCGAAGGCGGCCGAAAUGGCUGCCUCGGUAACGCAUUCAGUUGUUCAAGGCUUCCCUCCUUCUCCUUCUUGGGCUCGCUCUCCUCUCCCCUCGCCGCCACCGUGACCAUGCUCGGCCAAGCACUUUUCCCGAAGUAA